UGCUUAAAAUCGACUUACUACAGCACACACCAUCUCGUGAAGAUGGACUUUGUUCCAGGACCUGCUGUUCACCGCGUGCUCUGUGCUGAUUGUGGAACACCGAUUGUCCCAAAUUCUGCCAAUUUAUGUGUGGCAUGUCUUCGCAAUACCGUAGACAUCACGGAGGGCAUCCCAAAGCAGUCCUCUGUUUCGUUUUGUAGAAAUUGCGAGCGUUUUCUAUCGCCCCCUCAAUCCUGGACCCUUGCUCGGCCAGAAUCCCAAGAAUUACUGGCGAUCUGUCUAAAGAGGCUCAAGGGCUUGAAUAAAGUCCGGUUGACGGAAGCUCACUUCAUAUGGACAGAGCCUCACUCGAAGCGAUUACGAGUCUCAUUGACGAUUCAGAAGGAGGUUCUGACAUCGACGAUACUAGAGCAAAUCUUUGAGAUUGAAUAUCUUGUCCAGCACGGACAAUGUCCCGACUGCACUAAACUUGCGGCAAAAAAUACGUGGAAAGCACUUGUACAAGUGCGACAGAAAGUCUCCCACAAACGGACAUUUUUAUACCUCGAGCAGCUGAUUUUGAAACAUGGGACACAAAAGGAUACGAUAUCCGUCAAGGAGGUCAGAGAUGGCCUCGAUUUCUUCUACAGUCAACGAAGUCAUGCGAUUAAGAUGGUCGAAUUCUUAGCUGGGGUUGUUCCAGUCCGAUCGAAAGGUUCCGAGCAGUUGCUCUCUACAGACACUCACUCGCACACCGCGAACUAUAAAUUUACCUACUCAGUCGAGAUUGUCCCGAUUUGCAAGGAUGACCUUGUCUGCAUUCCUCCAAAACAGGCCCGGCAGAUGAGCAACAUAAGCCCGAUUACCAUUUGUACUCGGGUCGGCAACUCUUUCCAGCUCUUAGACCCCGCAACACUGCAAACUUGUGAAAUAUCAGCGCAGGUUUACUGGAGGGCGCCCUUCGUCUCCCUGGCGACGGUGACAGAUCUAGUUGAGUUUACGAUCCUGGACGUCGAGCCCACGGGCACCGUCCGUGGCAAACGAGUCUCCGCCGACGCGCAGGUAGCGAUGUCGGGUGCAUUCAAAUCACAUGCAUCCCACGGUGACCAAGACGCGAUCAUGGAUCUCGAGAGUUCCAGUAUGUCGACCCAGAUCUUCCACACGCGGACACAUCUAGGCGCUAUUCUGCAGCCCGGCGACACUGCGCUAGGGUAUCAUCUCACCAAUGCCAACUUCAACUCAGACGACUUCUCAUCCCUCCCUUCAUCUCGCAUUCCGGAUAUCAUACUCGUGAAGAAAUCGUACCCGAAUCGCAGAAAGAAAAAUAAGACAAGAAAUUGGAAGCUGCGGAGUAUUGCGAAGGAGGCUGGGGAGGAGGGCGAAACUGGGAGCGGGCGGGGUGUUGUUGGACGUAUGGGCGGACGGGAUCAAAAGAAGGUGGAAGAGGACUAUGAGUUGUUCUUGCAGGACCUUGAAGAAGAUCCUGAGCUACGUGGGACGGUCAAUCUCUAUGCGGCUAAGGAUACAAAGAUGCGCGAUGCUACAGAUGGAGCACGGAAGAAAGGAGGCCAAUAUGGAAUGGACGUUGAUGAAACGGAUACAAGUCACAGUACUGCGGCAAAUGGAGACGAACAGGAUGCAGAGGAGGAAGCUGAUUUCCCUGCUGUGAAGCUGGAAGAAUUAUUAGAGGAGUUUGACGAGAUGACGCUUGGAGAUUCAGAGGACCCAUGAUUUCUAUGUGAUCUUGUUAGGCGCACCCAAAAAUGACAAUAUAAGGAAUUCUCAGAA